UCUAAAAUUAGGGUUACCUAUCAAUUCACUUCAGUGCAUAGGUAACAUGUACAUUCUGAGGCUGAUGAUUUUUCAUGUUUUUUUUUUUUUUUAAAUAUAGCCUAAUGAAACGAAGGAAUUUUGAAAAUUUGUAGAGAAUGGGGGAAUUUUUGAUAAAAAAUGGUUUAAAAAUUGCCUGCCUCUAUUUGAUUCAUAUGAAAAAUCGUAUUUUUGGGUUUCAUUCAGUGUGUUUGUAGUAAGCACAUACUCACUUAACAUGGUACCUACGUACUUUAGAAGUACCUAGAUAAAAAGAAGUACCUAUAUAAUUCGGUAAAUGUGAUAAAAUUGUCGACAAAAUUACAUAAAACUACGAUGUCAAGCAGACUGAAAAAUGACAAAUUCAUGAGACAUUGUUGAAAAAAUAUUUAAAUUGAUAAAAAUGAAACAACAUCCAUCUCCGAACUUCCCGCUCUUUUAAAAAAUCUGUGAUCUUUAAUACAGACAUUGAUAUCUUGCUCUAAAUUACCUCGUAGUAAAAUGGAAUCCUUCAAUGGAACAUGCCCAAACAGUGUGAGCACCGGACUAACACAAUUACUGUUUUCUCAAUUAAUAUCGACCUUGGUGAAUUCCUACUGUGAUCACACCGUUUAUCCGGCCGAUCAAAGUGAAGAAAUCAUUCAAACAAACAAUGAAUUUGAUUUCAUCGUUGUCGGAGCAGGUUCUGCUGGAUCUGCAUUGGCGAAUCGUUUGAGUGAAAUAAGCUCGUGGAAAGUAUUAUUGAUAGAAGCCGGACCUGAUCCUCCGAUCGAAUCUGAUAUCCCAGGCUUAGUCCACUCGCUUCUCGGUUCAAAAUACGAUUGGAAGUAUAAAGUAGAAAAAUCAGAAAAAAGUUGCCGAAGUAUGGUUGACAAGCAGUGUCUUUGGCCACGAGGAAAAGUGUUGGGAGGGUGCAGCUCGAUCAAUGCCUUAAUAUAUGUGCGUGGUAAUUCCAACGAUUACGAUCAAUGGGAAAGCAUGGGAAACCCAGGAUGGAAUUAUGAAAACGUUCUGAAAUAUUUCAAGAAGUUGGAGUUUGCUAAUUCGGAGUCGAUGGAAAAAGAAGCCCAUGGAUACGAAGGUUAUGUCCAUGUAGAAGACUUUCAAGAGGCAGACAUAACGGAUGUUAAAUUUAAUAAAGAGUUGCUGGUGAAAUUAUAUGGAGAGUUGGGAUUACCUUUUGUCGAAGAUAUGAGUGCAGGGCAGAAAUCUGGAAUUACUACGACACCGGGUACAGUGAAGAAUGGCGUCAGAUGGAAUACAGCCAAAGCUUACCUGGCUCCUAUUAAAGGUAGAAAAAAUUUAUCAGUGAUGAAAGAAACCUUAGUCACUAAAGUAUUGAUCGAUGGAAAUAAGAAAGCUUACGGUGUUGAAGUAUUUCGCGAUAAUGUUCAUAAAAAAAUAAUUGCCAAGAAGGAAGUCAUAUUGACUGCAGGAGCAGUAAACUCGCCUCAGCUUCUCAUGCUUUCAGGAAUUGGUCCACGAGAUCAUUUGAAAGAUUUCAAUAUACCGUUGAUCAAUGAUUUGAAAGUUGGUUACAACUUGCAAGAUCAUAUAUUUUUGAUCAAUUUCAUGGCUAGGAACACCGCCAAAGAAUUCAAAGAAGUUUCACCACUCGACCUAUUAUAUUCGUAUUUGACUAAAAGGACUGAGUUGGGAUCUAUGGGCAUCCUUGAUACAAUGGCAUUUGUUAACACUCAGAAUAUGACAAAUGAUCAUCCGGAUAUUCAAAUACACCAUUUCAACCAUCCGGUUAAAACUAACAUUUUACCGGAUUACCUGAGAACUGUUAAUUUACCAGAGAAACUUAUUGAGAAAUAUGUAAAAGAAAACGAGAAACAUUAUUUGAUUCAUUUUCUACCGACUUUACUGAAACCAAAAAGCUCAGGCAGAAUAAAGCUCAAGAGUACUAACCCAUUGGACCCACCAAAAAUCAUCUCUGGAUAUUUGACCGAGUAUGAUGACAUAAAAACUUUCAUACGAAGCAUAAAAUUUAUUCACGAGCUUGCAAAUACUGAAGUGUUUAGAUCUUGCUGCGAGCUUAUCGAAAUUCAACCUCUAGAAGAAUGCAGAGAUCUAGAGCAAUUGACAGAUGAAUACUACGAAUGUCUGAUUCGAAAUUUUGUCCAGACUGUGUAUCAUCCUGUGGGUACAUGUAAAAUGGGUCCUAAAAGCGAUAAGGAUGCUGUUGUAGAUGCCAGACUCAAAGUUUAUGGUGUAGAAGGAUUGAGAGUAGCGGAUGCUUCAAUAAUGCCAAGGAUAGUUAGUGGAAAUACCAACAUUCCUGUGAUUAUGAUUGGAGAAAAAGCGGCAGAUCUGAUAAAAGAAGACUGGCUCGAUGAAUUCAGCCACACAGAAUUGUAAAAAUUUGUGAAAUAUGUAAGUUGAUGAGUAGGCCUAUGCUUCUCCGAGCUGUCAGUGCUGCUAACAAAUUUGUAAUUUAGAUAGGUGAGCCUCAAUCCUGUCUGAGCUUUCAAUGUUGGGUUAUUUUGACUUUUUGCACUUAACUAUACAUGUAUACUUAUUGCCUACUUACAUCUGUUUAAGUAUUUUAUUUGAAAUAAGUAUAGUGAUUGUUUUCUUCUUGUAGUAAAAUACAGAGGAAAUCAAAAAUCGCGCAAGAAGCUCCAAAAAAUGGCAUACAGAAAACGAUGAAGUUCAUUUCGAGUGUUUAAUUCAUAAGUAUUGCAGGUACCUUUUUUUCUUUUUUUUUUUUUCAAAAAAAGUCCAAAUUGUAAAAAUUUGUCAAUUUUGAAUUUUCAAAAAUUUGCCAAAAAUCUAGAAAUUAGUUUGGGCAACUAUUUUGAUUUGAAGGGUUUCAGACCAUGCUCAUUCCAAAAAUCACGGUUCCUCUGUUCCUUUGUUACCUAAAUUCAUUCGCGAAAAACUUGGAUCUUUACAGAAUUGAAAUUAAAAUACAAUUUGCUGUACUUUUGUGCGUGUUUGGUUGCCUAAUAUAAAUCAGUAGGAGAUCGUAGAAAAAUAGAUAAAAUAACCAAUCCAACGUUUCAAUAUUUAUGGAACUGACUAAUGAUAAUCAUUUUUUAUAACGGAAUCACUUGAACUGACAUGACAACUACGAUUUAGAUAAAACUAAGCUAGAUGAUAAAAGCUUUGCUAAAAAUCUUGUAACCAUUAUGAGAGCCAACAUUCAUUUCUAAAUUAUUAGUGAAUUUUAAUACAUUUUUUUUUUCAAUUUUUUCGGGCAUCUGAAAGAAAUUCUCGAAAACGUUGUCAUAUUUUUCAGUAAAACGUACGAUUUUAUUACCCCAAAUUUUUAAUACACAUACUUGAGUACUUUUCUGACAUUAAAAUUUGUGAAAUUAGGUAUGUAUAAGUACUAUCUAAAUAUUGUUAUGUAACUAGUUUAAGUACGAAUUCCUCGUUAUAUCAUUUGGUUGUGUACCUACGUAUAGGUAGGUCUAUAGAUAUGUGUAUUUGAGCAAUUCUGAUUAGGUAUUAUAUUGCGACACGUUAGGUAUAAUAUGUUUUUUUUUUUUUUUUUUUUUUUUUUGAAUAAAAUAACAAAUUUCAACUAGGUACGUAAUCAAUUACAUACAAUCUGUAAGAUCUUACGAAUAAAUAUUUUCAGUCUUAA